GCUUUGGCCAUUCCGAAGAAGAACGUGCGUCACGCUUUGGCUUUUCCUGGCAUGCUGGACAGGCGUUCACGCGCAGGAGGAGCUGCUCACUGUGAAGCAGUUCAGUCCGGCUGUCGGAGCAAAAAAUGUGGGCACCGAAGCAAGCAUCUCUCUUACUUUUUCCAGCUUGAUCCGACCUGGUGACGGCACGGUGACACUAGCACCGUUUGCCUUGUCACAACGAGAUGCGAACGUUUUGAGCGAUUCCUUUGAACCGGUCAAGAUCAAUGUUAAUGACAUCGCGCAGGUGAAAAUUGCAGGCAACCUCAUGACGGUGACGCCAACCGAGUCCUUUCGCCAAAAUGGCGAAAUGUACAUAGUCACAGUUUCCGCCGGAGCCGUGGAGGACACUGAUGGUACCCCCUUUGCCGGCAUUUUUGGAAAGUCUUAUUAUUUCAUUGCAAAAGAUGUGGUGCCGCCUUGGGUUCUAAAGGUCGAGCCCGAAAGCGGAACUGUCGGUCUUGGUUACCAAGCAGAUGGAGUCGAUCCCAUCCUGAUAACGUUUAGUGAGCCGGUGCAGGUUGGCACUGGACCUAGUGGUUUGCAGGCGAAAUUAGUUCCUUCCAAUCCAGCACAUGACAUCGUGCCCUUGGCACAUUGUGCACACAGCGACGUGACUCUUGUCUUGCAUCCUACAUGUGCCCUGCAGCCGGGUGCUGCAUACACCGUGAAGGUUCCAGGUGACAUGGUGAGGGACCUUUCUGGCAACUUCUUCGCGGGGUUGCUCAACGUGUCGUAUGGUACUGCAGAUCUACAGCCGCAGGAUGCCACAUGUACACUGGGAUCGCAAUGCGCCAUCCGUCUGGAAGGCACUGGCUUCCAGAUUACGAAUCGACUACGGUGGACAACGGGUACGUGUGGUGAGUGUGCAGAGCUCGGUGCUGUUGAAUCACGCGGUUGGAGGCCAUACCGGCCUUCUACAGAGGACCACGCCUUCUACAACUUUGGCAUUCCCAAGCUUCCACCUGGCACCUACACGAUGUGUUGGGCAAGUCUCGGCUCCACACGCCGGUCUGUGAACAAGGCGAAGGUUUUGAUUGGCUCUAUGCGGCUCCUUGCAGCCCGGGAGCUGGAAGAUGAAGGAGACGAGCCUGUCGUUGCACGGCGCCUGAGCCAAGUUGGCUUGGAGAACCAGUCUUCAGCUGGACUAGCAGUGGGACCGUCGCCACUGCUGCAAGACAGGACUUGUGUGGCAGGGCUUUCCUGUUCCAUCGACUUAGAUGGUACAUUCACAGACGGGGACAGAGUGAUGGUGCUGGGUACCUGUUCCGAAGCGGGGGUCGUGAAGAAUUGGCCGAACUCUGGAAGGUCAUAUCCGGCCGUUGAUCAAAAUUUCUCCUGGGGUGAUGUUGCUGUCUCGGCAGCUGGCGGUGUGUACAGGCUAUGUUGGUGUGUGGCUUACACUGGUCCAGCUGAACAGCACAUGCCGUGCGAUGGUGGGGAGGACUUCAGGGUCGAUGUUGGCUCGAUGACUCUGAUCGGUCCUGGACCAACAGCAGCUGGUCAACUGACAGCGGAACCCGAUCCCCUGCAGCAGCGGACAUGUGUCAGUGGCUUAAGAUGUGUAAUUCAUGGCAUCACCGGGAUGCAUCUUACCGACCAGGAUAGGUAUGCAGUUCUGGAUACGUGUGGAUAUCAUGCUAUGGUCGCACGCUUUGGGAAUGGAGGCUUUUCAUCAAAUGUGGCCAGAAGUGGGGCAACAGUGCAUUUUGGAGAGGUCGCAACGAGUUCGUCAGGAGGCCAGUACCGGCUCUGCUGGUGUUCUGCGAUCGCAACAUGUUCCUCAGGGGAGCACUUCGAGGUGACAGCAGCGCAUUUACUGAUAGCAGGUCCAGAGCCCCUGGAGCAAGACCGGACGUGCGUUUCUGGGGCUCGCUGCACCGUCCAUGUGUCUGGUCUCGUGAACUCUCUGGAUCGGGUCUUCGUCAUGGACACAUGCGGUCAGGAUCAUCUAGGACCAGAGCAUCAAUUGGUAGAGCGGUUUGCAGACUCGGGGCUGACAAUGUCUGUUGAUGCAAGCGGUGCCUUAUUGAGCUGGAGCGACAGCACCUCCGCGGGGGGGCAAUACAGGCUUUGUUGGUGCUCCGCUGACUCUGCCUGCAGGUUCGCUGCAGAGUUCAAGACGGAUAUCGGCGCGUUGCAGGUUGUUGGCCCUCAUGGCCGAAACGAUUAUACGUGCAUUUCCGGACAAACCUGCGAAAUCUACGGGCUGGUGGGACAGUACUUAAGCGUUGGUGAUGUUUAUGCUUUGCAGGAUACCUGCGGAACUGGUUCGGUAUCGCGAGUUCCUCGUGGUCAGUCCCUGUCUGCAGAAGUCCACGGUGCCACGGUUAGUUGGGGUCCGGAGACGAUUUCAGCUGCAGGUGGCACUUUAGCUGCAACAAUUCAUUUCCAUCGCGUAUACCGCUUAUGCUGGUGUGCUGCCACAUUUUCCUGUGGCAUCCAAGAGGAUUUUCGGGUAGAUGCCGGGGAAUUUCUCAUCAUCGGAGUUUUCCUGAACGACAACGAUCAGAUUGCCAUUCGAGACACAUGUGGUCAGUCCACAGAUGUUGUUUCAGCAGCUGGUGGGACCUACAAUCUGUGCUGGUGUUCGAUGAUUCCCGGACCUUGUCUGGAUGCGGAAAACUUUCAUGUUUCUAUUGGUACCCUUGACAUAAUUGGCCCAAGCCCUCUGCGGCAAGAUCGCACGUGCACAAGUGGUCAGCGGUGCCAUCUAGACGGACUGCUUCCAGAGCACAUGGGAACCAAUGACAUGUUGAUUGCCGACACAUGUGGCACGGACAAAGCCGCGUUUGUCCCCAGAUUUACCAACUUUGGUGCUUCAGAUAUGGUGGGCGACGGCCUUGCCACAUGGAGCAUCAUUACUGCUGCCGGUGGUCAGUACAGACUCUGCUGGUGCGCUUCUACCACAGCUUGCGCUUCGGCAUCUGAGUUCACCACGGACAUGGGCGGACUGCUCCUCCUGGGUCCGGCACUGCUAAGGCAAGACAGGACGUGUGUCAGCGGCCUUUCCUGUGAGUUUGAAGGAUUCCUUGGCAAGUACAUCUCGAGCCAGGACCGCAUUCUUCUGUCAGAGACCUGCGGUGAUACCCAUCUGCCGCCUUCAUCACUGCCACCUGCUCAAGUUACUGCUUCGCAGACCGGCACUGCCGUGGUAAGCUGGGGCACUUCGCCGAUUCUGGCUGCCGGUGGCUUUUAUCGGCUUUGUUGGUGUUCAGGUCUUGUGUCACAAUGUGAAGAUCACUCAGAGUUUAGGACUGACGUGGGCAUGCUGACAAUGAUCGGAGCCAAUCCCUUGCAGCAAGCCAGGACAUGCAUCAGUGGAUUGCCUUGCACACUGGAGGGAAUCACAGGGACUUAUCUGUCCGUUGCAAACUAUUUUGCUGUGUUGCAAACCUGCGGUCACGAUGCUGGAGCCAUCGAGGGAUUCCCCGGAGCAGGUGUGACUGCACAGGUGGAGUCUAUUCAUUGUGCUGGUGCGCUGGGCUACCUGGCGCGGGGUCAGCCGGACCUGUCUGUGGAACCUUGGCACAGGCUGAAGUUCUGA